AUGCCCCUCCAGCUCUGCGCCGGCCCCCGGCCUGGAGCCGCCGAGGGGGGCGAGGGCCGGAGCGCGGGCUCGGCGGCGGCGAGCGCCAGAUCCAGUUUCCCUCGGCGGGCGCGCGCGGGCGGAGGCAGGGCAGAGCGGCCAGCCGGCGGCCGGCCGGGGAGCGAGCGGCGCAUUGGCCGCGGGCGGAUGGCGGCGGCUGGGCCACGCGGCCUCCGGGCCGGGGAGGUGGCGGGAGCCGGGGAGCGGCGAGGGGUCGGCGGCGUGACCUGGCAGCGGGACACCGCGGGCAACUGGAUCCGGCGCCUGGAAGCAGCAGCUGCUGCACGUUCAGAAAGCCCAGCCAAGGGUGCUGAGGGCCAGACUGCCGCUUCUUCGCGGGCCACAAGCCCUGCCAAAGGCCCUCGGAACCAGCAGCAGCUGCAUCGAGAGCUAUUGUUCACCCAUCGCAAAGGCCUGAGCCUUCGUUCUAAGCCAGAGCUGCUGCAGGUGCUGGAGCACUGGAACCGGCGCCGGGACGGGGUGGAAAGUGGCAUGGAGCAGCCGUCCCUGGAGCAAGAGCUGCUGCGCUGGCAGCAAAGGCGGGAACAGAACCAGCAACAGGAAGAAACAGGUGAUACGGUUGGGAACCAACCAGAGUUCAUCCAGGUCCGGGAAAACCUACGAAGGACACACUAUCCACGAGAUUCCCCUCCUCUACGUGCAGCCCCUCCCCCAACAUCCAGCCCCUUCCUGCGCCCUCAUCUCACUAAUCGGCAGCCCUUCAGGAUCUCAGCCACACGCUCAUCUGUGGUCCCCAAGCCUCCAGCCCCACAGCUUCAGGGUUCCCUAAAGGGCUUGAGUCUCUCCUCAGCUCCCCUUGCCAACACAUGAGCUUCCUGCCUCCCACCACACUUGUCACUGAUAUGACCAGGCACAUUAUGGCUCCCUUCUGCUCUAGAGCUGGAGAGGCAACACCACAGCAGCCUUUGUCCUAAAUGGUUCGGCCUGUACUGCACCCAAGAGCUGGAAUAACCUGAAAGGGAAGGGGCAAGGGGUUGCUCUGAUCUGGAUCCCACUUCUCCACACCACUUGUCAAUCAGUUAAUAAAAGCCCUCUUAAACAGAAAGUCUCGCUGCUUGUUACCUGCAGUUUUAGAGAGUGACCUGCUACUUCAUCUGAGGGAAGGGAGGAAUAAGAAGCAGCAGUGACAAUGGAAAAGGUGAAUUAGUGAUUGUCCACAUAGAGAUAAAAAUGAAAGACACAAUCUUUAAAAAUACAAAAACAAAACCCUUCGUAGGGUUUAUUGGAUAUUUCAUGUUUGCACACAUGUUUAAAGAAAAAGCUAUUGAUAAGCUACAUAUAUCCCCUCAUUUCUCUUUCCCGCUCAUGUGAAAUAGCCACCCAUGCCCAAUUAAUAAAGCACAAGU